AAAACAUCUCUCUCAAGUCUCAACUGUUCUCUUGAACUUCAAAACUCUUUCCCACAUCUUUAUUCUCAUAUUUACCAAGAAAAAAUGGCAGCUCUCUCCUUCCAUGCAAGGUCAAACAGUUUGCCUACAAGAUCACACCCUCUAGUUUCAGAAAUCGAUGAGCAGGUCUGCAGGUUAAGGCAAUCUCAAGCUGCUUCCACAUCAUCAUCAUCCAUAAGCCGAAAUCUAAAUGGUCUUCAGGAUGUGUAUGAUUGUGUUGACCAGUUGCUACAACUUCCAACAACCCAACAAGCCUUGAUCAAUGACCAACAGUGCUUCAAUGCGCUAUUGGAUGGCUCCCUCAGGCUCUUGGACUUGUGCAAUACUGCCAAGGAUGCCUUGUCUCAAAUGAAAGAGUCUGUUUCUGACCUUCAGUCCGCUAUUCGCAGAAGGCAAGAUGGUCUGCAAGGAGAAACCAGAAGAUACCUGAAAUCUAGGAAGACUGUGAUCAAAGCGAUCCAGAAGGUCUUGAAAGCUAUGAUCAGCAAGAAAUCCACUUCAUCAAACAACAUCGAGACCGCCUCCAUGUUGAAGGAAGCUGAAUCUGCUGCUGUUGAGGUUUUGGAGUGCCUGCUUUCAUUCAUUUCUCAAUCAACAUCCAAGCCAACCAGCUGGUCACUAGUUUCCAAGCUAAAAAGGGUUGCAGCAGUAGCAGGCGAGAACGAAUUCUCAGAUGUGGAUGCUGCCUUGAAGAUGAACAAAUCUAGUGAAGAGGUUCAAGUUCAUCUCAAGAACUUGCAGCCAUGCAUUCAAGACUUCGAGGAAGGAGUUGAAUGCCUCUUCAGGCGUUUGAUCAAAACAAGAGCUUCCAUUCUCAAUAUUCACCAUCUGUAACUAGAUCAAAGUCAUACUUGAUACUUGUAUAUGAAUUAAUCUGUAUAGAAAGACAAAAAGAUUAUGAUACUCAAGUCCAUUAAUAUACAUGGUCUCCAGUUUCCUACUAAAUUUCUGUCUCUCUUUUUACCUUUCUGCAUAUGGGACAAAGCUUAACAGUGAAAAGGGUUUAUUGGAUCAUUACAGGUAGGUUAAUUAACCUCAAGUUCUAUGAUUAAAAGCUGAUGAAUAUCAAAUUGCAUCACAUGGGGACACUGACAAGUCCCAAAUUAAUAAUGUUAAAAGAUCAUU